UGGAGACCGCGGAGCCGCGGGAGGUGUGGAUCCUUCCCUUCAGUUUGCUCCGGGAAGAUGUUCUACCACAUCUCCUUGGAGCACGAAAUCCUGCUGCACCCGCGCUACUUUGGCCCCAACUUGCUCAACACUGUGAAGCAGAAACUCUUCACCGAGGUGGAGGGGACCUGCACGGGGAAGUAUGGCUUUGUAAUUGCUGUCACCACCAUUGACAAUAUUGGUGCUGGUGUGAUCCAGCCAGGCCGAGGCUUUGUCCUUUAUCCAGUUAAGUACAAGGCUAUUGUUUUCCGGCCCUUUAAAGGAGAAGUUGUGGAUGCUGUUGUCACUCAGGUCAACAAGGUGAGACCAUACAUAGGGAAGCCAGACAUUGUGAUUCAGCAGGAUGAUGAGAUCCGCUUGAAAAUUGUGGGGACCCGUGUGGAUAAGAAUGACAUUUUUGCUAUUGGCUCCCUGAUGGACGAUUACUUGGGACUUGUGAGCUGAGCAUGGGAGCCACCUCCUUUUGGUCCUGAUCUAGGAAGUUGAUUGUUACAUGUUGUCUAGAGGCC